AGUGUGAGCAGUGAAAUGGCUGAAGGUGGAAUUUUACUGGAUCAGGACCAGUUCAGCUGUGCGAUCUGUCUGGAUUUGCUGAAUGAUCCAGUGACUAUUCCCUGUGGACACAGUUACUGUAGGGGCUGUAUUAAGGGCUGCUGGAAUCAAGAUGAUCAUACUGGUGUCUACAGCUGUCCCCAGUGCAGAACGACCUUCACUCCCAGGCCUGUCCUGGGCAGAAACACUAUGCUGGCUGACGUCGUGGAGAAACUGAAGAAGACAGGUCUCCAAGCUGCUCCUUCUGCUCUCUGUUACGCUGGACCUGGAGACGUGGCGUGUAAUGUCUGCACUGGGAGAAAGCGCAAAGCCGUCAAGUCCUGUCUGCAGUGUCUGGCAUCUUACUGUGAAACUCACCUCAAACUUCACAAUGAGCUCAACCCAGGAAACACACAUAAUAUCACCAAUGCUACUGGACAUCUGCAGGACAAUAUUUGCCCUCAACAUAAAAAACUGUUGGAGGUUUACUGUCAUUCCGAUCAGCAGUGCAUCUGUCUGCUGUGCGUGAUCGAUGAACACAGAGGCCAUGAUACAGUCUCAGCUGUUGUAGAAAGGACUGAGAAACAGAAGCAGCUGGGGGCGACACAGAGUCAAUUCCAGCAGAGAAUCCAGGAGAGAGAGAAGGAGCUGCAGGAUCUGAGACAGGCUGUGCAGUCACUCAAGCACUCUGCACAGACAGCAGUGGAGGACAGUGAGAGGAUCUUUACUGAGAUGAUCCGCUCUAUUGAGAGAAGGUGCUCUGAGGUGAAAGAGCUGAUCAGAGAUCAGGAGAAGGCUGAAGUGAGUCGGGCUGAAGGACUCCUGGAGCGACUGGAGCAGGAGAUUGCUGAGCUGAGGUGGAGAGACGCUGAGCUGGAGCAGCUUUCACACACAGAGGAUCACAUCCAUUUCCUCCAGAGCUGUCAGUCUCUCUGUGUCCCUCCUGAACUUGGAGACUUACCCAGCAUCACUGUCAGUCCACACGUCUCUUUUGAGGCUGUGAGGGAAUCUGUCUCUGGACUGAAAGAUCGACUUGAGGACAUCUGCAAGGUGGAACUGGCCAAAAUAUCUGAGUCGGUGAAAGAAGCCCAUACUGUAGAGUCCAGGACCAGAGAUGAUUUCUUACAGUAUUCCUGUCAGCUCACACUGGACCCUGACACAGCACAUAAAUGCCUCCAUCUGUCUGAAGGGAACAGAGAGGUGACCCGUGUGAAAGAGAGCCAGUCAUAUCCUGAUCAUCCAGAGAGAUUUGAUGUAAACGUCCAAGUGCUGUGCAGAGAAGGUGUGUCUGGACGCUGUUACUGGGAGGCUGAGUGGAGUGGGGGUGAAGGGGUUGAUAUAGCACUAUUGUGUAAACAGAUCAGUAGGAAAGGAGAUUGCAAUGACUGUGCACUGGGACUUAAUGACAACUCGUGGAGUUUGGAAUGCUCCCCCUCCAGGUACUCUUUCUGGCACAAUAACAAGGGCACUGAAAUCCCUGCUCCCUCCUCCUCCAGAAUUGGAGUGUACCUGGAUCACAGGGCAGGAACUCUGUCCUUCUACAGUGUCUCCGACACCAUGACCCUCCUGCACAGAGUCCAGACCACAUUCACUCAGCCCCUCUAUCCUGGGUUUGGGUUUUCUCCUGGAUCCACUGUAAAAUUGUGUGAUCUAUAUACAAUCAUAUAAUUCCAAUUCAUGUUCUUAAUAAUACAAUGUAAAAUCUUAUUUUCUUUCAUAAACCUUACUUCUUUAUUAAUCACAAUGAUAAAAACAGGGCAGACAUUGUUAUGAGUUCAUUUAUGUUUACAUAAUCUGAAGAAUAGUUUAAUUUCAUUUAUUUAAAUUUUUCUUAUAAAUUUUCAGUGGUAGAGCACUGGCCGGAGUUUUGCUUUAUGUCUGUGAUGUUAGUUGUGGAAUGAUAAAUUGUUAGGUGUAGAACAUAAAAAUGUAAUUUGAUUUUUAAAAUGGUUCAUGAUCAGCUUCAAAGUAACUUUCUUGACCAGGAUUGUAUGAAAAUGUUAUUGACUCCAUUUAACUCAAACGGUACAGUUGUUUAUUUACAUCAUUAAUUUACGUAAUAAAGUAAUAAACUAUCA